AAUCAUUCUUCAAAUCACAACUGCCGAACUUAUAAAUCUUAUAACCAAAAGAUUUUGUUAAAUCUCAUAAUUGCGAUAGACUCUGUCUUCCAUCUAAAGGAUAAAAAUUCAUUCGCUAGUCCAACUUCAACGUCAUUAUUAUUACAACUUAACAUAUCUACAAUGGCCUUGCAUAUUACGACUGCUUAUCAUUCUACAGUUAAACCUUCUUCAAUUUAA